UCUCUACUUGGUCUCCGUUCUCCAGUAAACUUGUUUUAUCAACACUUUCCGCCAUUCACAUGCUCUUGAACUAAAAAGGCUUCCGUAUAUUUUUGAGUGAUUCGUGACGCACCAGCUCCGAACGGACAGGAUAAUUUUUACAGGCAAGAUGGCGACUUCGGAGCCGGUAAGCGAGAUCGAGAAAGCACCUGAAACAGAAGAGCCCCAACCUGAAGUAAUCCCCACUGCACCACCUGUGGUCACUGGUUCUGAGCAGUACAUCAAACACCCCCUGCAAAACAAAUGGGCCCUGUGGUAUUUCAAAAACGACAAGAGCAAAAGCUGGACAGAGAACCUCCGUCUCAUCGCAAAGUUUGACACAGUGGAAGACUUCUGGGCAUUAUAUAACCACAUACAGCAGCCCAGUAAGUUAGGCUUCGGCUGUGACUACUGCUUAUUUAAGGAUGGGGUGAAGCCGAUGUGGGAGGAUGACAAGAACAAGCUGGGUGGGAGGUGGCUGAUGACCCUCAGUAAACAGCAGAGACAAAUCGACCUCGACCGCUACUGGAUGGAGACGCUGUUGUGUUUAAUCGGCGAGUCGUUUGACGAGGCCAGUGAAGACGUCUGUGGAGCGGUAGUCAACGUCAGACCCAAGGGAGAUAAAAUAUCCAUCUGGACCGGGAAUUGUCAGAACAAGGAAGCCAUUGUGGCGAUAGGACAACAGUAUAAAGAGCGCCUGAGUAUCCCCAUCAAGCUCCUGAUUGGCUACCAGUCACAUGAUGACACAUCUAGCAAGAGUGGUUCCACCACAAAGAACAUGUACUCAGUCUGAUCAACAGCACCCACCCCAACUCAACUACAAACCCUCUAGAGCUGGGUGAUAUGUACCAAAAUACAUAUCACGAUAAAUUGACUGAAUUAUCACGAUAACGAUAAAUUGAAUAAUAACUUUAUAACAUUAAUGUGCACCACAGUUAUUUUUUAUAUUACCCCUACAACUACUACUACUACUUUGAAUGUUAUAGCCAUCAAUUGUCCCAUUAACAGUCACCCAUAUUAGCAAACGUAUUUAAUUUCAAACUUCACAUUUCUCUAGUAGGGUCCUAUAGGUUAUCGUAAUGAACGAUAUCGGCCAAAUGUCCACGAUAAGUGGUCGGUUUGGUCGGUGUCGAUACUUUUCAGUUUAUCGUCCCAGCUCACUGCACCCCCAACAGAUUCAUACUUUUCAGUUGUCAACUACUGUUAGUGUCCUUCCUCUUUACAGACGAGAGAAUUGUUCAAACGUGUACGAAGUUAGAGCCGCCUCCCUAACACUUGAUUGGCCGGCUGGCUAACUGACGGAUCUUGUCCGGAGGAAAAGGAGAUCAGCUGAAGCUGUUGGGAUUUGAGCUAGAAGAUCAUUAACUAAAUGACUUAAUUUUAGAAUUGGUGAGUAUAUGUGACUAAUAAUACCAGUGGCUUCCCCACUACUAGCGUAGCUGAGGAGAAGAUAUGUCGUUUAAGGCUUGGUUAAAAAACAGACACCUUCCUUCGCUGUAAACCCAUUUCUUUUCUCAUGCAGAGUUUACUAUCACUUUCUGUUAUGAAAAGCGUUUCUCACCAACCACCCACGAUAGAAAAAGUAGACAAGAUUAAUUUACUCAGCAGAUUUUAAAGGGCAGCCAGCGUUUUAACCUGCUUUACUUGGAGGUGUUUGGCAUGAGAAGGGAUUGCAGAUGCACCUGCUACAGAAAAGACAACAGUAUCAACAACAACAAAAUGUUUGUAAAAGAAUAGUAGUGGUCACACGGUCUUAAAUGUGGAUAUUUUGGAAGAAAGAUCUCGUAAAGUUCCAGCCAUGCUGGGAUUGAGGAUUCUUUGCUUGUAAAACUAUGUUGAGCUAUAAUUUCUUUCUGCCCCCCAUUUCCCUAUUUAUUUAUGAUAUAUACAUUGAGGUUGAACUACUUAGUUGGAGGGCAACCAUAAAAAAACUCAAUUUCCCUACAAUAUUUUUUCCGUUUUGUUAUUGUUAUUGAGGAGGUUAACGACAUGGACUACUGCUUAAUAUAGAACAUUUUUUACAGUUUAUCAUAGCAAGUAAAGAUGCCUGGACAAGUUUUAGGUCUGCUUCUCACUGUUUUCUUCCUACGAAAAACGGUAUAACAUUUCGCACUACUCUCUGGAGCUGGUGCGAGUGGAGAAGAAAGGAUAUCUUCCUCUCUAUCCAUCGUUAAAUGAUUUUGCUCAUAAUGUAUCUUAAUGUAUAUUACCUUCUUUCAAGUAAAGGUUAAGUGCUUUGCAUUAAAACCAGAACCACGCCGUC